CAGAUAAGACCCCGUGUAUUUAAAUCACAAUCCCUGAAAAGAGGAAGUGACCACCGAAAAUCUGAAGUGACGCUUAUUAUAGAGGAAUUACUAAUGAACCCUCACGGACUAUAUUUUUGAAUGCAAUGCGGAGGAAUACUUUUUUUUUUACUUUAGGAAUUAAAGUUCUCUGUGCGCAGUGAUACGUCGCGCUGAAAGUGUUGCCUGGAGCUGGACGGCGCCCACUAUUCUCUGAUUGGAGAGUUGUGCGGUGACGUUAUCAACGGGGGCGGGGAACCUGUGAGUUACGGUGGUUGUAAUGGGACAAAACUAUUCUGAUAGCGCAGCCAAGGCUGCUGUAGGCUUCUCCAGCGCCGGAGAGUGGAAGAAGCGCCUCCGAUUCCGGAGGAGGCGGCGAAGAGAAGACAAAAGCCCGGCGGAGGAGCCGAAGACUAAGAAGGGCAUUGGGAAGCCUCCUGCUAGAAGUACAGCGCAGGGUAUACAGCAACGUGGAGUAUACAGCAGGGGGGAACAUAGUGAUCGCAGGUCUGAUCCUGUCUGUAGUGCAGUGCAGAGUAUACAGCAGUCCUAUGCAAGUGAUUGGGUGACUUCACGUACAGUGCAGAGUAUACAGCAGUCCUAUGCAAGUGAUAGCCAGGCAUCCAGGACAGUGGAGAGUAUACAGCAGUCCCAUGCAAGUGAUAGGGUGACAUCUAGUACAGUGCAGAGUAUACAGCAGCCCUAUGCAAGUGAUAGCCAGGGAUCUAGUACAGCACAGAGUAUACAUAGUUGUGAUAGGGUGACCUCCAGUACAGUGCAGAGUAUACAGCAGUCCUAUGCAAAUGAUAGGGUGACAUCUAGUACAGUGCAGAGUAUACAGCAGCCCUAUGCAAGUGAUAGCCAGGGAUCCAGUAAAGCACAGAGUAUACAUAGUUGUGAUAGGGUGACCUCCAGUACAGUGCAGAGUAUACAGCAGUCCUAUGCAAGUGAUAGGGUGACAUCAAGUACAGUGCAGAGUAUACAGCAGUCCCAUGCUAGUGAUAACCUGGGAUCCAGUACCGCACAGAGUAUACAUAGUUGUGAUAGGGUGACAUCCAGUACAGUGCAGAGUAUACAGCAGUCCUAUGCAAAUGAUAGCCAGGGAUCCAGUACAGCACAGAGUAUACAUAGUUGUGAUAGGGUGACAUCCAGUACAGUGCAGAGUAUACAGCAGUCCUAUGCAAAUGAUAGCCAGGGAUCCAGUACAGCGCAGAGUAUACAUAGUUGUGAUACAGCACAGAGUAUACAGCACAGAUCAGAGGAGCAGAUCACUGUACAUGUAGGUUCCAUCCAGGAGAUCUCGGCCAGCACAGUGCAGAGUAUAGCGGCAGAUCGGAGACCAGAUACUGGAUCGGAGGACGUAGCCCCGGGAGGUGAAGAAAGUCCAUCCCCUGGCGGUUCAGCACCGAGUACACAGACUGUUGCGGCUCCUGACAUGAGACUGGAUGGGCAGGGUGGGCGGCUCAGAAGGGAUAUGUCCAAGUGCGAUGCCGCCAAGACUGGUAUGACCACCGGGAAGGAAAGAGCUUGGCUGGAGGACGGGGGCAAGAACAUCUUGGGGUCACCUAAUGACAGUCUACGGAAGUUACUGGAAGACACGGAGCACGCUGUAGAGGGUCCCGGGCAGAGGGGGGAAGUGGGCAGUAGGACGGGGGAAUUUUUGAAGACUUUGGACCACUCGGGUGGUAACUGGAUAGGCGACAAGAGACUUAAUCAGCCCCUGAACCACCACACUAUGGUUGGACGUGCUGGAGAACAAUCCUCUAAGACUUCUGAGUGGUUCAAAGAAGAACUGAUGUCUCUAACCAUCUCCGGGACUGAGCACACAAUGGAGGAACUGUGGACUAGUGAAUCCGGAAUUGGUGGCCUUAAAUUAACCAUUACUCCCCCAGAUACAGACUGUGCUCCAAGAGCAGUGCAAAGUGGGGACCACCCCAGGGAGUCGCUGUUGAACCGAAGGGGACCCUCCUUCCUUAUGAACUCCGAUGCCCACACCUAUGCAAUACCCCGACUUAUUGUUACCCGAGAUGCCAGUCCCAAGCGCUGUGUCCCCCCUUCUUUGUCCCCCCAGUUCCAUGAAUCGGGCUUUAGCCUUGACGUACCCCUCUUGGGUGAGGCAGAGUCGCCCUGCUCGGAUAGUGGCUGUGGAGGGUCCCCGGUGCCUUCUCUAUUUCUACGCAAGUUGUCCAGUUCUUCCGGUCUCUCAUCUGCUUCAUCUUUUGAGGAGUCUGAAGACGACUUCAUCAGCAGUGAUUUGGAGCCCAGUGGGUUAAUGGUCUGCACCCCGGAUGAGCAAGGAGCAUCUAGUACAUCCUGGAGGAAGCUGAAGAACAUGGUCCACUGGUCACCCUUUGUGGUGUCCUUCAAGAAGCACUAUCCAUGGGUCCAGCUGGCAGGGCAUGCAGGUAACUUCAAGGCUGGGGAAUAUGGGAAAAUUUUGAAGAAGUUCUGUCAGUGCGAGCAGCAAUGUUUAGAGUGGUUGAAUCGAGACUCCUUACGGCCGUUUGUCCCUGGAUACUACGGAGUGGUGGAAAAGGAAGGAGAGCCCUACAACCAGAUGGAGGACCUUCUAUCAGAGUUUGACUCUCCUUCCAUCAUGGACUGUAAAAUGGGUGUUCGGACAUAUCUGGAGGAAGAACUUGUCAAGGCUCGGGAGAAGCCCAGGCUCAGAAAGGACAUGUACGAUAAAAUGGUCGCUGUGGAUCCCAAGGCACCUACUGAAGAGGAACACAGACAAGGGGCAGUGCUGAAGCCCAGAUAUAUGCAAUGGCGGGAGACCCUUAGUUCAACUGCGACCUUGGGCUUUAGAAUAGAGGGCAUCAAGAGAGCUGAUGGGACAUGUGACACGAACUUUAAGAAGACCAAACAUCGGGAGCAGGUGAUGAGAGCGCUGGAAGACUUUGUUGGCGGCAAUAAGAAUAUUUUGAGAAACUACUUAACAAGACUGAAAGAACUCCGUGUCGAACUGGAAAAGUCAGAGUUUUUCAAGCAACAUGAGGUGGUUGGCAGCUCCCUGCUCUUUGUCCACGACUCCUCGGAACUGGCAAAGGUUUGGAUGAUAGACUUUGGAAAAACUGUUCGACUGCCGAACAAGCAGACACUAAAUCACCGGGUUCCUUGGGUGGAGGGUAACCGGGAAGAUGGUUACUUGUGGGGACUCGAUAACCUCAUAAACAUUUUCUCUGACAUGGUCCAGGUCUAGAACUUUGAGACCGACACAAAAAACAAUCUAAAGCUGCGACAACAAUCUGGACUCUUCCAGUGGAAAAAAGAAACGUUGGAUUCCCAACCUCAUCUCUAAACAGCUGUAUCUACUUCAUUCUGUUGUAUUUUAUGAUGUAUUAUAGUUGUAUUUUAUUUAUGCUUUUUGUAGCCUUAUAGAACCUGAACACUGGAAACUGUACAGUAUAAAGCUGGGAGAAGUGUUUCGCUCCUUUCUUUUAUAAUUUGUAUAUAUAUAUGUAUAUUUUAUUACUACUUUACAAACUGAUUUUAUUCUAUAUUUUAUUAUUUUUUUAAACUGUUCACUUCAAUUCAGAGGGAGCAUCAUGGUUUCUGAUACAGGUUGACGGUCAUAGUAUAGACGGGCCACAUCUACUAGAACAGCAUUGGGUAUGCCUCUUGAAAUUGUCCCAUGUUGUAGUUGCACUCUUUGCUUUUGUUGUCUUAAGGUUUACUUGAAUGUGGCUGAGCUGCAGUACCAGACAUGGCCUGUGUACAGUGUGUGGGGGAGGAUUUGGGAGAUGUUUCUAGAAAAGGAAAAAAAAAAAAAAAAACACCCUUUUAUCAUUCCUGACAACCCAUUAGAGAUAUUCCUCUCUCACAUAGAUAAUAUAUACAUAAGAUAUGUCAUCAUUUGCUUAUUGGUAGGGGUCCAACCUCGAUCACCAUUACCAGUCUUGGGAAUUAUGGACCCUUUUUCUUUUUUUUUUUUUUUACUUUUACUGCACAGUGACACUCCUGGCUAUGCAUGGAACUGCAGCCAAACCCAUUCACUUAAAGGGGUACUCCAGUGGAAUUUUUUUAAUUUAUUUUUUAUCAACUAAUGCCAGAAAGUUAAA